CAUUGGCUGUUUAAGCCGUAUGUAUGGGCAUUUUUGACAGAUAUAUUUUGUUUUGAGUCACAGUGACACAGCAACAGCUGACUAGCAUGUUAGCUAAGAGCUUCGUACGGUUGUGACUCGUGAAUUUGCCUCAAUUAUUAGAUAUUCGUUUUAAUUAAAGCUUAGCUACUAUAUGCCUUUAUUUUUCCCAACGUAAGGCAUUUCGGACUAUUUGUAUUUCUCUAUUUGCGGAACCAGAACGAACUAUAGUAACUUAACACUACGUUAGCUAGUCGGAUAGAUAGCUAGCUAGAUAACGUUAGUUCGUACACAUUGAAGACAACACAGCACUGAACCUAAUUUUACACCACCAAGCUGAAUUAUGGAUCCAAAUAACACCUCAUACGCUGUGAAACUGUACGUUUACGACAUAUCUAAAGGAAUGGCUCGCCAGCUGAGCCCCCUCAUGCUAGGUAUACAGCUUGAUGGAAUAUGGCACACUGCUAUUGUUGUACAUGGAGAGGAGUUUUUCUAUGGGGGAGAUGGCAUCACAAACUGCCCACCUGGCGGAACAUCCCUGGGACAUCCCAACUCCAUCAUAGACCUGGGCACCACAGAGGUAACCGAGGAGAUCUUUAUGGAGUACCUGUCUUCACUGGGAGAGUCCACGUACAGGGGGAACCAAUACCAUCUGUUUGAGUGGAACUGUAACACGUUCAGUAACGAAGUGGCCCAGUUCCUCACUGGCAGCAAGAUCCCCGGCCACAUCACAGACCUGCCGGCUGAAGUGCUCUCCACGCCUUUCGGCCAGGCGCUACGCCCUCUACUGGACUCCAUCAAUAUUGCACCUCAGGGGGGCAACACCUUCAACGGACACUAUGGCCAGAGAUAGGCCAGAGAUAGGCCGAUAACACAGGUGCACAGAGUAAUAUAUUAUACCAACAGUCUGUGUGUGAGGAGUGGGAGAUCUGCAGCUCACCUUUUGUGAGUCCCUUAGGCUGCGUUUACACAGGCAGCCCAAUUCUGAUUUUUUUUUUCUCCCACUAAUUGGUCUUUUGGCCAAUCAGAUCAGCUCUGAAAAAGAAACGAUCUGAUGUGAUUGGUCAAAAGACCAAUUAGUGACAAAAAGUUCAGAAAUGGGCUGCCUGAUAUAUGUCAGUCAGUGGGCCAGGCAGAAACCUCACCCUACCUGACCCUACCUUUAAUACCUUAACACCAACCCAGCCUGGCACACCCCAGCCAUACAUAACUCUCCCCUUUUUCCACUAUAUUGGCCUGAUCCGUGCCUGUAUUUUAGUAUGUCCACGGUUAUCAAGAUGGCCGUAAGUAUAUAAUAAGAUGGAGCUUUCUUCUACUCUCCGUAGGAUCCCAUGAUCGGCUGAAUGUAAAACUAGAGAGCUGCAAAGUUUCUCUAUAGAAAGUGCAGCUCUUUCCUACACAGGGGUGGGGGUAGGGUACAUUUUACAUACCUUCUAUGUUUUACUAAAUAAGUAUUAAGCUAUUUUACUGUUAUUGUUUUGUGUUCUUUUUUAAUUACCAUGAUAUGACUGGGUUGCCACUAGAGGGAGGAAAGGAAAGGAAAAGAAAAGAGAAACGGCUAAAGUGGUGAUAAAAUCUAGACAAAUUC